CUGCCUGCAGUGUAAAGUAUAUGUUGCACAGCUUCUUGUUUCAACAUGUGGUUCGUGAACAGGAGGAACAGGAGGUGAACAAAGACCACAGAAGAAGACGGAGAGACAAAGUGUGAGAGAGGAGGGGGAAGAGGAAGAGGAGGAGCGUUCACACGGAAACUUCUGCUUUACGAGUUUCAUCAGAGCAGGAAACUGAGAACACAACCACAGAGAGACGAGGCGACGAAGAGGUGAAGAAGAAGAAGACAGGAGGCACACAGCCUGGGGAGGCCAGAGACUACCACAGAGGAAGAGGAGGAGGAGGAAGAGGAGGAGGGUCGUGAUGGAGGAGGACAUCAGGAAGCAGGGGAUGUUGUUCCUGCAGCAGCAGAGGUUCGGAAAGAAGUGGAAGCGUAUGUGGUGUGUUCUGUUCAGAGAAAGCUCCUGUUCGAUCUCCAGACUGGAGUUCUUCGAGUGUAAAGACGGAGGGAGUGUGGAGAAGAGCGACAAGACUUUACGCAAACAGCAGGAACACAAGAAGAUGAUCCGUAUGUCUGACUGUAUCCGGGUCUCGGAGGUGGAGGUGGACGGAUGUCCUCGAGACACCGGACCGUUCCUGAUCGAGACCACGGAGAAGAUCUAUGUGUUCGCAUCGGAGAGGCUGCAGCUGGAGGACUGGACUCACAAACUGUGUGAGAUCGCCUUCCCUAUGAGUUGGCCGGAGGGUGUGAAGAGAGGCAGUCUGCAGAGAGGAAGUCGGGUGGAGGAGGAAGUGAUGGAGGACAACUCUUUGUACAGCGGCAGACACACAGUGAGGGACUUCAGAGUGUGUGUGCGCAGGACGGAGGCCUCAGAUCGCUGUCGGCUCAGAGGAGAUCGGUUCCUCCGGGCCGAUGAAGACGCUCUGCUCCUAUUGGACAAGAGCGGAGCUCCGCUCUACAGCUGGCCAUACAGAUACCUGAGACGCUUCGGGAGAGACAAGUCCAGCUUCUCGUUCGAGGCGGGGCGGCGCUGCGACUCUGGAGAGGGGAACUUUGAGUUCGACACCAGGGAGGGGAACUUCCUGUUCCAGGCGGUGGAAGCGGCCAUCAACCUGCAGAGGAUGCCCCACCCCCAGAGACAGUCCUCCGGGGGGGGCGGGUCCCCAGAGACCCCCCGGGACCUGAACCCCCCCCUCGUCCGGACCCCCCCGCUGCGUCAGGGCCGGAAACAUAUCCCACAAUGCCCUGCUGCUCAGGAGGACGGUGUGUACAGCCUGGUGAAUGAAGCUCCUCCGCUGCAGGCGUUUCAUCUAAAAGACAAAGAGAGCCUCACAGCUGCACAACAACCAGCACAGCUGUGUCGUCUGGAGCCCCCUGUGGAUAAGACUCUGACGGCAGUAAAGAGUCUGUCUCUGGACCCCCGCGGGCCACCGGGGCCCCGGAAGAACCUGAAGAUGAUCUCCAGCUGCCCGCUGCCCGACGCCGCCCCACCCCCGGACCAGACCUACUCUCAGGUAGCGCUGCCGGCGGACCACGGCCCCCGCAGCGCCCCCCCCAAGGACCCGGAGUAUUCCCUCCCCUUUGACUCCCUUGCUCCUCCCCCCCUCUCCUCUCCUGUGAUUGGUCCUCCCCCCGAACAUGACCCUCUCUACGACAGCAUCGACGAGAUGAAGAUCAGGAACGUCUUCCUCAGCGCCGCCGCCAUCGAUCACAUCUACGACGAGCCCGAAGGCCGCGCCCCCCCCUUGCAGAAACCCACCCCCCUCUCCCUGUACGAUGAGCCUGAGGAGGUGCGGGGGGACGCCUGGAGGGUCAUGGGAACCCCCGCUGACCCCAAAGGUCACGAGUUCCCCUACAACCCCCGCGUGGACGACUACGCCGUGCCCAAACGACCUCAGAGAGCACUUCCUGUCGGCACCAACGAAGAAGAAGAAGAAGAAAAAGAAAAUUGGAAGGGGGAGGAGCCAAGAGAGGAGGCGGAGGGGGAGGAGGGGCAACAUGUGGAAGAGGAGGAGGAGCCAAACAACGAGGAAGAGGAGGAGCCAUACUCUCCGUACAACAAUGUGAUGAUGAAACAGCUGUGAGCCGAUCAAACUGAGACCCACAACAACAACAACAACAACAACAACAACAAACAGACACGGAGGGAACAUUUAAACAUUGAAUCUCCAGAUCAGCGAGAUAUUUAUGAGAAACUGGAAGUAAUUGAUCUCCGUUAUAUUUAAAAUGAUAAAUGACACGUCUUGUUGUUUCUCAGCGUUCUUACAAAACUAUUCUAAAUGUUUAUUUAUCAUUUAUUCAAAAAUAAAUAGUAAUAAACAUUUAGAAAAGUUUCACAAAAGAAUCAGCAUCAGUAUUUAUUCAUGGGGGCUGCGUGACCCCCUGUAGUUCUACAGUGCAUGUCAACGGUCUGCAGAGGCGAAAAUCACAAAGUUCGGAACAGAGUGACAUCACUAUGUAACACUCGUGCUCCUAUUGGCUAGCGCUCCAACACAUUGUCUGUACUUUAAAGAGUCCCUGUUUCCUCUGAACUUUAAAGAGUCCCUGUUUCCUCUGAGCUUUAAAGAGUCCCUGUUUCCUCUGAGCUUUAAAGAGUCCCCGUUUCCUCUGAGCUUUAAAGAGUCCCUGUUUCCUCUGAGCUUUAAA